CAAAAUCAAAUAACAAAAUCAAAUAACAUCUACAUUCUACAAUGAACACUUUAACGAAAAGACUUUGGAAAUGUAUUUCUUAUUGCUUUCCAUUUCGUAAAAAGAAACCUAAUGACAAUGCUGUUGAAGAAAUUGAGAUCAAACAGGAAUCACUAGAAAAACAACCUAUUGAAGCUAAUAGUGAAAGAGAAACGAGUUAUGAAGUAAACAGCGAAAGAGAAACAACUAUUGAAGCUAAUAGUGAAAUAGAAACGAGUAAUGAAGUUAAUAUCGAAAGAGAAACAACUAUUGAAGCUAAUAGUGAAAUAGAAACGAGUAAUGAAGUUAAUAUCGAAAGAGAAACAACUAUUGAAGCUAAGAGGAAAAGUGAAACUGCUAAGAAGCCUAAUGUUUCACCUGAACGGGAUAAAUUGUACUGUGACGAAUGUGUAUCCAGACAGAAGAGAUGCUUCAAAGACCAGGUUAAAACAGCAGUUGCAGUAAGUAAUGUACCAGCACCAGGAAUUCUUUUAGUCUAUGUUGUGAAUAUAAGUAUAUUAGGAGAAAAAAACCUAAAAAUGACAUUGCACAGAGAGUCCAUCUCCUACAAUAAUAAGAACAUUUUCUGGACUGACUACAACGUAUUCACUGACUUCGAGAGAGGCCUAAUAAGUAGAGGAUGGGUGAAGAAAAUUGCCCCCACCUUCAAUGCUGGUCCCAAGGAAACUAUAUUUUGUGACCCAACAUAUGGACAUAAGAUUAUAAGUCUUUAUGACAUACAACCCAGCCUCCUCCUGUCUCGCAAUAUAAUUCAACUCCCUCUUCUGAAAGAGGAUCAGAUAACCAAUCACUUUUACAGUGUGCACUUCACAAGCAAGGUGAGCCAACUGCAGUGA